UGUAGCUACAGAUGUGAGACAGGUUCAUGCUUUGCUCAAUCUCAACUGUAAGAUGUUCUUCUUCCCUUGUUGUGUGACAUUUUGCAGCAUGGAAAGCCUCUGAAGAGCUCCUCUCUCUGCUUCCACACUUCCCAGUGCAGCACAGCGCAUCCAGCGUGUCACACUGGUGAAUACUCCCUCGAACCGGUACGAUCCAAAGCUCUGCGUCCUCCCGUUGAGGCGCCUCACAGCGCAACGAUGUCUCCAAACACACGCACGGAUUUCAUGGAAGCGAUUCGUUCCCAUCGUUCCUUUUACGCUCCGUCCUAGCGCUUCUUCUGGUGGGAACCCGAUGUCCUGCAUGUAUUUUCUGCGGAGAUUGUAAAGUAGAUGGAAGCCGAAGAAGCCAUGUGGAGAGCGGCCACGUCCCUUGGUGCGAGCACCGGAGGCGUAAAGCGACAAUAACAGGACAUCAUCGUUUGCGCUUUCGUGGAGAAAAAAAAACGAUCCGUCGAUGAGGAAACAACGAGAGACGAGAUGGUAGAGAAUGGCCGCACCUGACCUUCUUGACCCGAAGUCUGCCGCCCACAACUCCAAACCUCGCCUGUCAUUCUCAGUCAAUCCAGUGGUGCUGAACACUCCAGAGGACGAGUGUGACACCCGGACUAUGGUCAUGAGGUGGAAAACUGUGUCAGCCAUCUUCUUCUUGGUGGUGCUUUACCUCAUUAUUGGGGCGACGGUAUUCAAAGCACUGGAGCAGCCUCACGAGAGCUCCCAGAAGCUGGCUAUUCUAACACAAAAACUGGAAUUCUUGGCCAAUCACACCUGCGUGAACUCCUCUGAGCUGGAGGAUUUGGUGAAGCAAGUGGUAUCAGCAGUGCGAGCAGGUGUGAACCCUUCAGGAAAAGCAUCCAAUCAGACGAGCCUCUGGGACAUCAGUUCCUCCUUUUUCUUCGCGGGGACCGUUAUCACCACUAUCGGAUUUGGGAACAUUUCUCCUCACACGGAAGGCGGGCGGAUCUUCUGUAUAAUCUACGCUCUGCUUGGGAUUCCCCUAUUCGGAUUCUUAUUGGCUGGUGUCGGGGACCAGUUGGGGACCAUUUUUGGCAAGGGCAUCGCCAAAGUAGAGAAGAUGAUUGUGAAGUGGAAAGUCAGCCAGACGAAGAUCCGCGUCAUCUCCACGCUGAUCUUCAUCCUGUUCGGGUGCCUCAUCUUCGUGGCUCUGCCAGUCGUCAUCUUCAAGCACAUAGAGGGCUGGAGCACGCUCGAGUCCAUCUACUUUGUCGUCAUUACCCUCACCACGAUCGGUUUUGGGGACUUUGUAGCCGGUGAAAAAGGUGGGUCAGAGAAUCCAGAGUUUCUGAACUACUACAAGCCUGUGGUUUUGUUCUGGAUCCUGGUGGGCCUGGCGUACUUUGCCGCUGUGCUCAGUAUGAUUGGAGACUGGUUCCGGGUCAUCUCCAAGAAAACUAAAGAGGAGGUUGGGGAGUUUCGAGCUCACGCAGCAGAGUGGACAGCAAACGUGUCGGCAGAAUUCAAAGAGACCCGGCGGCGACUCAGCGUUGACAUCUAUGACAAGUUCCAACGCGCUGCAUCCAUCAAGCGCAAGCUGUCAUCCGAGCUGGGCAUUAACACGUCCCUUAACCAGGAAUUGACCCCUGGCAAGAGGGCGCUGUCCACCAGCCUGUGUGAGGACAGAGAGGCCUACCCCAACUUGACUCUCUCCCUCAGUCCUAUCAGGGGGGGCCUGGCCAGGAAUGGCAGCCUCUACCUGAACGGCCUCAGCCCAGACUACGCUGACCGGCGGGAGAUUGCCAUCAUCGAAAAUUUCAAAUGAGGAGCAGCAUAAAAAUGGGAUUCAGGGAACUGAGUGAACUACAUCUGGUAGCGGACAGAGCUUUAAAACUCAUACACACUUUUGUGCUUAUUGAUUGGGCAUCUGUGAUAAGGUAGCCACGUGCAUUCAUUAGGUGGAUUGUGCUCCAAUCAUUGAUUGAAAAUCGGACUUAAACACAGAACAGUCGUCAAGCUGCGUACUUUAAUGUGCGUGAUUAAAACUCAGACAAAAUCUAAGGAUGUGCUCGCUCACCGGUUCCAUUCAUUCAAUGGGGGAGGACGACUUCCUUUCAAUGUGUACGUGCCAACGUGAUCGACAGCUGUGAAAGUGAUUGAGCCAAAUCAGAAGCAUGCUCAAAACCGGAAAACAAAUGAUUGUAUCAGAGGCAUGAAUUUAAAAAUACUUAUCUCAUGACCAGGAAGGAAAUGAAAGCCCACAUUGAGGUAGCCACGCAUCGGACAUCUUCUUCAAAUAACCCACAGCAAGUCUGUAAACACAUAUAAAUAAACACUUUCAUCAAACUUAGAAAGCAAUAGAUGCAUCCGUGCUCAUCUCUUGUUGAAUUAACCUGGUAUCUGCAUCAGAUAAAGAGGAUCAAUAUUGCUAAAAAACACUCCAAAUCAACAAUGAACACUUCUUCUUCUUCUUGAUGAAGCAGCAGUCCUGUGCUAACAGAAAGGAAUGUGGCUUUUUCUUUUUUCAGUUUACACUUCUUCCAGUAUGAAUUUAUAUGCCUUGCAUUUGCCUGUCAGUCUGCCCUCGCUAACGAGACGAAUGUUGACUUGUUUUGUUCCUCCAUGACUGACAUUCAGCUCUUCACCCUAAGGAAUAACCCACUUGUGCCUUUCUGAAAACCACACUAAAUGAAGAACCGAGCUACGCUCUGUCUGUCCACUCAUGCUAGUUAAAUAUGAGCACAGUUGUAAUAAAGGCAGUAUGAGGAAGAGGCAAAUCAA